AUGGGAAUUCUCUUCACCAGAAUAUGGAGGCUGUUCACUAAUCAGGGUAACAAAAUUAUCACUGUAGGAUUGGACAAUGUGGGGGAAAACUACCAUCUUUAUCAAUUUUCUAUGAAUAAAAUUGUACAUACAUCCUUUACAAUAGGAAGUAAAGAAAAAGAAAUAGUGAUUAAUGAUGUACAUUUCCUAAUGUGGGAUAUUGGUGGCCAAGAAUCUCUUUAUUCUUCCUGGAAUACUUAUACUAACAAGAACUUUGUAAUAGUAGUUUUGGACAGUACAGAGAUUUCUGUAACUAAAGAAGAACACUACAAACUAUUAGUGCAUGAGGACCUAAGAAAAACUAAAAAAACUGGAUUACUGAUUUUUGCUAAUAGACAGGAAUGUAUGACUUUAACAGAAAUAUGCCAGUUUUUGAAGCUGACUUCUUUUAAAGAUCAUCAGUGGCCUAUCCAGCCAUGCUAA